AUCAGUGCCACCACCAUGGAGGGGGACAUAGGGACACGGAUGGCCGACGUUGAGGAGGAGAGCCUGCUGGGUGCCGUGCACGGUGUCUCGGGGCCCGGUAUGGCUGCGUGUUGGGGACAGUGGUGACUCCUCUUGGGGCAGACGAGGGGGUGACGGCGCAAUGUCCCUGCAGUGGUGACGGCCAUACGCAUGGCAGGGGCAGCCAUGUAUGAACUGGUGCGUGUGGGGCAUGCAGAGCUGGUGGGGGAGAUCAUCCGCCUGGAGGGAGACAUGGCCACGCUGCAGGUGUAUGAGGAGACCUGUAUCCUUGUGGCCAUGCCUGUCCUUCCCUUGUCCCCUCCUGACUCCUGUCCCCCUGACCCCUUCAGUGACAUCGUUCGUUUCUGUGAGUGACCUUGUCCCCUCCUGUGCUCUCCCCUCUCUUCACUCCUGAUCCCUCCAGUGACCUCGUCCCCUCCUGUCCCCCCAUCCUCUCUGUCCUCCCAUCCCGUCCUGUCCCUGUGUCCUGUCUCUGUCUGGCUCUGUCCCCUCCAGUUCCCUCAUCCCCUCUUCUGUCCCUGUUUCUUGUCUCUGUGGUCCCCCACCUGUCCCAAUCCCAUCCACUCUCCCCAUUCCUGUUCCCAUCUCCCAUCCCCUUCUGUCUUCCUUGAGUGUCUCUGUCCCCUCUAGUUUUCUUGUCCUCAUCUCCUGUCUCUGUGGUUCCUAUCCUGUCCCCAUCCUCACAUCCCCCACCCCACAUCCCUAUUCCCGUCACCCAUGUUCCCCACCUCGUGUCCCUAUCCCUAUCCUCUACCCCACAUCCCCUGUCUCACGUCCCCCUCCUGCUUCAUGUGCCCUCUCCUGAGCUCCCCACACAGCGGGGCUGCGGGUGGGGGACCCGGUGUUGCGCACGGGUCAGCCGCUCUCGGUGGAGCUCGGUCCCGGCAUCCUGGGCUCCAUCUUCGAUGGCAUCCAGCGCCCGCUGCGGGACAUUGCACAGCUGACGGGUGGCAUCUACAUCCCGCGGGGUGUCAACGUCCCUGCGCUGCCGCGGCACCUCACCUGGGACUUUGUCCCCAGCAAGAGCAUCCAGUUACCCUCAUGGUCACCCCGUGCCAGGUUGGCAGCCACGUCACUGGUGGGGACAUCUAUGGGACGGUGACAGAGAACUCACUCAUCCAACACAAGAUCAUGGUGCCACCCCGCAGCCGUGGCACUGUCACUCACAUUGCGCCACCAGGACACUACAGCGUCUCGGAUGUGGUGCUGGAGCUGGACUUCGAGGGUGUGGCCGAGCAGCUGACCAUGAUGCAGGUGUGGCCGGUGCGGCAGACCCGGCCCGUGGUGGAGAAGCUGACAGCAAAUCACCCACUGCUGACGGGACAGCGCGUGCUGGAUGCUCUUUUCCCGUGCGUGCAGGGUGGCACCACAGCCAUCCCCGGUGCUUUCGGCUGUGGCAAAACCGUCAUCUCACAGUCCCUGUCCAAGUACUCCAACAGCGACAUCAUCGUCUACGUGGGCUGCGGGGAGCGCGGCAAUGAGAUGUCUGAGGUGCUGCGGGACUUCCCUGAGCUCACCAUGGAGGUGGAUGGGAGGACGGAGAGCAUCAUGAAGCGCACCACGCUGGUGGCCAACACCUCCAACAUGCCAGUGGCCGCCCGUGAGGCUUCCAUCUACACUGGCAUCACGCUGUCUGAGUACUUCCGCGACAUGGGGCUCCAUGUCAGCAUGAUGGCCGACUCCACCUCCCGCUGGGCCGAGGCAUUGCGGGAGAUUUCCGGGCGCUUGGCUGAGAUGCCGGCGGACAGUGGGUACCCCGCCUACCUGGGCGCCCGCCUGGCAUCCUUCUAUGAGCGUGCGGGGCGGGCGCGCUGCCUUGGGUCCCCCCUCCGUGAGGGCAGCGUCAGCAUCGUUGGAGCAGUGUCACCGCCUGGAGGGGACUUCUCAGACCCUGUCACCUCAGCCACGCUGGGCAUCGUGCAGGUGUUUUGGGGUCUGGACAAGAAGCUGGCACAGCGCAAGCACUUCCCCUCGGUAAACUGGCUGAUCAGUUACAGCAAGUACUUGCGGGCACUGGAGCCCCACUACGAGCAGCUGCACCCUGAGUUCCCUGCGCUGCGCACCCGUGCCAGGGAGAUCCUGCAGGAGGAGGAGGAUCUGGCCGAAAUUGUGCAGCUCGUGGGGAAGGCAUCCCUCGCUGAGGCUGACAAGGUGACACUGGAGGUGGCCAGACUCCUCAAGGAUGACUUCCUACAGCAGAAUGGCUACUCCUCCUACGACAGGUUCUGCCCCUUCUACAAGACAGUGGGGAUGCUGCACAACAUCAUCACCUUCUAUGAGCUUGCCCGACAUGCUGUGGAGGCCACUGGGGCUGGCGAGCGCCGUGUCACUUGGGCAGCCAUCCGUGAGAACCUCGGGGACAUCCUGUACCGGCUGAGUGCCAUGAAGUUCAUGGACCCGGUGAAGGACGGCGAAGCCAACAUCACAGCUGCCUUCACGCAGCUCAACGAGGAGAUGCAGGCGGCCUUCCGCAACCUGGAGGACUGAGGGUCCCCCCCAGACCCUCUGCUCCAAUAACCCCCUCACCCCAAUAAACCCCCACCCCAAUCACCCCCCACCGACAUCAGGAUUGGUCUUCAGGGUCCCAUUUGUCCUCAUAGAAUGGUCUGGGUUGCAAAGGACCACAAUUACCACCCGGUUUAAACCCCCCUGCUGUGCGCAGGGUCGCCAACCACCAGACCAGGCUGCCCAGAGCCACAUCCAGCCUGUCCCCAUGUCAGUAAGCAAUUCUUUCUUUGUUUACCACAUUGUGACCUGUUCCUUUCAUGAGUAAUUCAGACUGGUUUAAAGCACCUGUGUCUGCUAUUGCCUUUCCCUACAACAUUCCUUUCCAUUAUACACAAGUAUUUUGUAUUGGAGCAUCGUUUUCAUUAUUCAAUUUGCUUGGUAAUUGGAUCUUGGUAUGCGAAUAUUUAGAAAGAAUGUAAUGAAUGCUGGCAAAAAUUAAAAGCAACAUCAGUUUGAUCAUUUAAAGCAGA